GGCGGAGGAACAGGCUUGAAUCGGCCGCCCCGGGCUGCAGACGCGGCCGGCGCUGCUCCACAAGCGUUAAUGCCCAGGGCCGCCGCUCAGGGCGGCUUCACCCGGCCCGGCGCGCACUCAGCGGCCGGCGGGAGCAUGGCCGGGAGCUGGCGGGCGAAGGCGCAGGCGGGGGGGAUGCUGCUGGCGCUGCUCGGGUGGGUCUCCUCCUGUGUCACCACCUUCGUGCCGCUCUGGAAGAGCCUCAACCUGGACCUGAACGAGCUGGAGGUGUGGACCAUGGGGCUCUGGCAGGUCUGCAUCGCCCGCGAGGAGGGGGUGGUCGAGUGCCGGGCCCACGGCUCCUUCCUGGCGCUGUCCCCAGAGCUGCGCGUCUCCCGCCUCCUGAUGUGCCUCUCCAACGGGCUGGGGCUGCUGGGGGCCCUCCUGGCCGCGCCGGGGCUGGAGGGAUGGACCCCCUGCGAGGACAAGCCCCGGCUAAAGCGGCGGCUCCUGCUCGCCGGCGGAGCGACGUUCGGCACGGCCGGGAUGGCCACGCUGGCUCCGGUGUCCUGGGUCGCCUACAACACCGUCCUCGACUUCUGGGACAGCACCGUCCCCGACAUCGUGCCCCGCUGGGAGUUCGGGGAGGCCACGUUCCUGGGCUGGUUCGCCGGAGCCUUCCUCGCUGCCGGCGGGCUCCUCCUCGCCUGCAGCGCCCGCACCACGAGGGCCUCGACGCCGCCGGUCCCCGCCUGCCACCAGCAGCCCCCCGCCGCGGGCCAUCACCCCCUCCCCAAGCCCGCAGACCUGGUCAUUUAGGGGCUCCGGCUGGCUCUGGAGGUGAUCUACUGACUGCUGUGGCCGGGCUUUCCCUCCCUCUGCGCACCUGCUUUGCGUUUCCUUUCCAAAGGAGCAAGGGCAUCGAGCAGGCAGCAAGGCAGGGGCAGAGCAGCAGCAGUGACACCGGAGCAGAGCCACUUGUGGCUGAGGCAGCAGUAGCACCCCUUGCUAGACCCCCGUUGCCAAGUCCGUUGUGGUCAAUUGCUACGCUCCGGAGUAGCAUCUCACUCCGUGCGUGUCUGUAUCACUGUGAUGUACCCACAAUAAAUUAUCACAGUUGCCA